AACGAGAAAAAAAAACUAGAAAUAAAAUUCUUCUUCUUCUCUCUCUCUCUCUCUCUCUCGAAAAACUCUCUAAAACCUGAUCUUGUCGACUCGCUCUCUCACGUCCGAUCAAAAUCUUACAAAAUUGUUACUUGUCUCUCUUCUAUCUAGAGACAUGGCUAAUGGCGGAGCUGCUGCGUGUGCAGAGAGGGCGACGAGUGAUGCGUUGAUGGGCCCCGAUUGGGCUGCAAAUAUUGAGCUUUGUGACCUUAUCAACAUGGACCCAGGGCAAGCAAAGGAUGCCCUUAAGGUUCUUAAGAAGCGCUUAGGGAGUAAAAAUCCCAAAAUACAGCUCCUUGCCCUCUUUGUUCUAGAGACUCUAAGCAAAAAUUGUGGAGAGCAUGUUCAUUUGCAGAUUGUUGAACGUGACAUCUUGCGUGAAAUGGUGAAAAUAGUAAAGAAGAAGCCAGACCUAAAUGUAAGAGAAAAGAUAUUGAUUCUCAUUGAUACUUGGCAAGAUGCUUUUGGAGGAGCAGGUGGGAGAUACCCACAGUACUAUGCUGCAUAUCAAGAAUUAAGGGCUGCAAAAGUAGAAUUUCCACCCCGUAGAGAACACAGUGCACCUCUGUUUACACCUCCUCAGUCUCAUCCAAUUGUGCCUCAAUCUGUUGACUUAUCAUAUGAGGAUGCAGCUUUAGAAGCUUCUCUUCAAAGUGAUGCUUCUGUUUUCAGUUCACAGGAAAUGCAAAAUGCUCGAGGCAUAGGAGACGUGCUAACAGAGAUGCUCAGUGCAAUAGAUCCUCAUAAUCCACAGAGUGUAAAGGAUGAAGUUAUUGUUGACCUAGUUGAACAAUGUCGUUCUUAUCAAACACGUGUCAUGGCACUCAUGAAUAGUACUGGCGAUGAGGAACUAUUAUUUCAGGGCCUGGCACUAAACGAUGACUUACAGCGUGUGCUUCAGCAGUAUGAUGACAUAGUGAAAGGGAAUACUAGUGCUGUGAAGAAUGCUCCUGCGGCUGCUGUACCCUCAGCUGCUUCUUUAAUUGACCUUAAUCAUGAAGACGACGAGUUUGAAGAUGAUGAGUUAUCUCAGCUAUCUCGUAGAACUGCAAGAGAUAACGGAACUGCACAAGGUAAGAAGCCUUCUAUUGCCAAUAAUGAGCAGAUGCACAUGAGUCCGUUUCUUCCUUCACCCCCAUCAGUAAAAAAUUCAGUCAAUACCGAGGUGCCCUCAUUCGACUACUUAAGUGGAGAUUUCUACAACGGAAAAAGAACAUCAAGUAUCCCCGCGAACUCGGCUUCACCCUCUUAUGAUGAGCCCAAAUAUGUUGAGCCUGAAUACGUUGAGCCCGAAUAUGUUGAACCCAAAUAUGUUGAGCCCAAAUAUGAUAAGCCCAUUCCAGGAUCGAAGAUCUCAAAGGCCCCUACAGAAGCUCAGUCAUCUAGUACUUUCUUGCCACCACCUCCAGCAAAAUAUAACCAAAGGCAGCAAUAUUUUGAGAAGCAACAGACUUCUUCAGGUGGAAACUCUUACAAUGGUUUAGUGGGACAAACACAGAACUUAUCUCUUAACGAAGCUAAAACCAACAUUCUUGAAGCACAAGGUGCCCUUCUCAUGGACGAUCAGGAUGAGUCGCCAGUGGCCAAGGUAAAUAAACCUGAGGACAGUCUUUUCAAGGACUUGGUAGAUUUUGCAAAGGCCAAGUCUUCGUCUCCAUCGAAACCUGCAGGAAGUCGGAGAACACGAUGAGUAGUUUAGUUUAUCUCGGAUACUGCCUACUGUUAUUUAUAGUUUGUUUCAGAUUUGGUUCUUAUGAGUUGUAUAUGAUCCUUAGGGAAGUACUGGUUUGGUGCAUGUUGUGAAAACAAGUUGCUCCCUGUUGUGAUUCAUGGAUGUACAUCAUCUCUUGUGAAAGGUUAACUAAGUUAGUCCUUCCUUUUAAUUAAUUAAUUUAGUCCUUCCUUUGAAUA